AUGGACUGGAUUACUCUUGUUUCAGUAUUCCUCCUGUUUACCUUUAUGAUUAUAUUGGUUUUGAAAACUAAAGGUUUCUGGAAGAACAGCUCUCAGCUUCUUCCCCCAGGACCCUGGCCAUUACCACUUGUUGGAAAUCUUCUCAUAAUGGAUCGGAAAAUGCCUUACAGGACCAUGCUGAAGUUGUCCAAACAGUAUGGUCCUGUCUUCAGCCUCCAGAUGGGACUCCAGAAGAUGGUGGUCCUGACUGGGUAUGAGAUGGUAAAAGAGGCUCUGGUCAACCAGGCUGAUGAAUUUGCGGAGAGACCUUUCGUCCCAAUCCAUGAAGAAUUUUCAAAUGGCUUGGGUAUCAUUUUUUCUAAUGGUGAGAACUGGAAAGUGAUGCGGCGGUUUGCCUUAACCACAUUGCGGGACUAUGGAAUGGGCAAGAGAUCCAUAGAAGACAAAAUUGUUGAGGAGUGCAAUGUCCUGGUAAAGAAGUUUGAAUCUUACCAAGGUAAACCUUUUAAUGCCAUUACAGUCAUGAGUGUAGCUAUUGCCAAUAUUAUGAUGUCCAUAGUGUUCGGCAAGCGGUUUGAAUAUGACGAUCCCAUCAUUCCACGACUACGGAAGUUAAUCAUUGAAAAUGUCCGGCUCCUUGGAAGCCCCUCAAUCAUGUUAUGUAACAUGUUUCCUGCCCUUGGCUUCCUUUUUGGUGCUCGUAAGACCCUCCUUAAAAACAGAGAUGAGUUGCAUGCCUAUAUAUCUUCCACUUCCAGAAAUCACCAAAAAGAUCUGGAUGAAAAUGACCAGAGGAGCUUGAUUGAUACAUUUCUCAUCCAUCAGCAAGAGGAAAAGAAGAAUAACAGUGGUGGAUAUUUCCAUAAGGAAAAUCUUAAAAAUACUGUGAGAAAUUUAAUUUCUGUUGGCAUGGAGCCCGUUUCUACCACUCUCCACUGGAGUCUCUUGCUAAUGAUGAAGUAUCCUGAAAUCCAGAAAAAAGUCCAAGCAGAGAUUGAUGACGUUAUUGGAACUGCUCAGCCCAGGACUGAACACAGAACAAAAAUGCCGUACACAGAUGCUGUGGUCCAUGAAGUUCAAAGGUUUGCUGAUAUCAUCCCAAACAAUUUGCCGCGUGCAACUACUACAGAUGUUACUCUCAAAGGCUACUUUAUUCCAAAGGGCACUUACAUCAUUCCUUUGCUGACCUCUGUGCUCCAUGAUGAAACUCAAUGGGAGAAACCUUAUGAGUUCUAUCCUGAGCAUUUUCUUGAUUCUGCAGGGAAAUUUGUCAGAAGAGAUGCAUUCAUGCCUUUCUCUGCAGGUCGUAGAAUGUGUGCUGGUGAGACUAUGGCCAAAAUGGAGCUCCUCCUGUUCUUUACAUGCCUCCUGCAAAGAUUCACCUUCCAGCUACCACCUGGAAUUUCUAAAGAAGACCUGGGCUUCAGCCGAGAAGUUGGGUUAUCAACACCUCCCAUCCCUUUCAACGUUUGUGCUCUUCCACGCUAAGAUCUCUGAAGCUCACAGAAUGCUUGAGCUAUUCUUGGAAUAUCUAUAAGUAUUUCUGCUCACCAA